AUGUCGGUGGAACAAGAACAACUCCCGAAGAGAGAGAAGGCAUAUGCUCAAGGCAUUGGCAUGAGCAGAGCAACAGCUACAGAUGCUACCCUCCAUCAACAUACUUGGGAGUGGAAAGGUGAUGGCCUUCCCCCUCCAACUCACUGUUUCUUCAUAAUCAUCUAUGUGCUCGAAUCCUUGACAGUACUUAUGCAGAGCAACUUAAUUUUUGCAGUGCUGAGCAGGAGGCUCUCAUCGAUGGACUUGUUUCCCACCUGCUUGGGCAUCUUCUGCUUCUGUCUGCAGUGGGUGUCGGUGCUGAACAAUUUUUGCUCCUAGUUUAACCCUAACUAUGUAUUUUGAUACUAAUCAAUCACCUGGGAAUUUACUAGUACUCUUAGGUUAACCAGCUUGCUCGCUGUCUUCCACUGCAUCAAGGGUCAACUCUUUUACCCACCCAUCUUCCUCUGGCCAACGUGGAGAAUUUUCAGGUUCGUUCCUUGGCUGUUGCUAACUUCUCUGUUGAUUUCUUGUGUGUCAAUCACCAUUUCAGCUACUAGGAAUUAUAUUAAUGUUCACUUAAUCACUGUGGGGCUUUUCUCUAUAAACAGCCCUAGGAUUGAGAGACUUAAGACGUUCCACCUGUAUUUUACCAUAUCUUAUCAAACAGUUGCAAUUUUUAUUUCUUUCCUCCUGUUCCUGGCCUCCACCAUCUCACUAGCCUCCCUGUGCCGACACAUGGAGUAGAUACAACACCCCAGCACUGGCCACUACAGUUCUAGCGCGAAAGCUCACACCACUGCCCUAACGUCUUUUGCCAUCUUCCUUAUUUUCUUCACCUCUUACUUUCUGACUCUACUCAUCUCUGUUAUGAGCAUCUCAUUGGAUAAGAGGUCUUGGUUGUGGGUCUGGGAAGUUGUCAUCUAUGCAAUAGGCCCUACUCACUCCUCUUCACUAAUGCUGAGCCGCUCUAAAUUGAAAGAGGUGUUAAAGGUAAGGUAUAUUACAAGUGGCCCGGAUGUUCCCAUUUCUCUUGUUGCUUCUCUUGCCCUGCUGGAGCAGCUUGGCACAUGUUCUAUGCUUCAUCGUAACGGGAUGAAGGAAGAGGCCAAAGGGAAAGCUCCGCCCCUUUUAGGCUAUAUCCUGCAAAAGCGUCAAACGGAGCAGAGCGAGAGACUUUUCAAAGUCUCUUCCCAACGUUAUUUUGAGGCGAGCGGCUCAGAUCCCACUUUUACGCACUUGGGUUCAAGCCUGGGCAUCAGGUUCUGGUCUGAACGACGUUUUGUCCCCUCUUCCUCACCUGCGCGGGGCGGAGGGUGUGGGAAGCUGUCCGGCCCCCGUCCACCCGUCCCUCGGGAAUCUGGUGGAAGAAAAAGGACGUGGGGUGGGGGACACGGCAGUGCAAGCAACCCCGGGUGUGCGCACUCGGAGCCCGCACAGCAGCCCCUCCCCGCCUGUGCACACUGCGCGCCCGGGUACUCGGCACCCGGGCCCAGGCAGCAGCCGCGGCGCGCGCACGCGCACUCCACGACCCCGCGCCCGCUCAACAUUUUAUUCCACGUGUUGCUUGUUGUGGGAGCCACAGGUUCCCUACCUGCGCCCGGGCCCUCGAGCCGCCCCGCCUCAGCCCAUCAGCGCGGCAGGAUCACGCGGUUGGCCGGCCCCGGCGGGCAGAGAAAUUCACGAGGCGCUCACGUUCACCUCCAACGCUAA